CUGGCAUCACUGGCCUCAACGUCUCAACGUAUGUACAUAACAUGACCGAAGACUAUGAAACCAUAAUGGCCGGAAUGGCUGGAUCGAGAGUAAUUACGGCAUAACGUCCAAAUUGCGUCCUGCAGUGCCCACAGCUGUCUCACGUCACGCAGUCAUAAUCCGCUUUUCCGUCUGUUCUGUCACGAUUUUGCGGGAAAACUACACUACAACUAUCACAAUGAGUGGCGAAGGAUUUGACCCAUGCGAGUGCAUGCGACAUCACAUGUCCAUGCAGCAUCUACUUUCUAUCUUACGACAAUCGCAAGAUUAUUGUUCGGAUACCGAAUGCUUCAGUGUUUCGAGAAUUCCAGGACCGCAGAACGUGCAGGAACCGUCAGAUUUUCUCUUUACUUGUUUAAUUAUUGGCUUUGUCGUUCUCAUGUUUGCAUUUAGACCGAGAUCCUUGCGACAACCGUCUAGGAACGUUAUCAAGAGCAACAACGAGCCCGGUUCACAUGACGAUCCACCUUCGCCACCGACAGUGAAUUGAAGUACAAUAUUAUGGCAUUAACGGGAGAUCUUGUUAUUCAAGAUUUUAUAUCGGGAUCUAAUCCGAUCUAACUCUAUGCUAACUUUAUAAUAGGGGAAGAUAUGGUAAAUAUGUUAUUACAGCACGGCUGUUGUAAUGUGUACGCGUUAGCGAUAUAUAUUAAUCGUAUUUCUUGAAACAUAACUCCCUACAUAUGCGAUAAUCUUAAUUUUAUAUAAUAUAGAGCACUUUCUUUUAUUUAAAUUUUCUAUUUAUCUCUACAUAAUAAUUAUCAUGUGCCUGGAUUAUAUACACAUGAUCAUAAAAUAUUUUUAUGAAAACUUUCAGAUAAAUAGUAGUAAAAUUUAACACAAUUAUAUAUCACUAAUACGAGAUCUCUAGCAUUUAUUCUGACAUGUCAGUCUUUUACAAUUAGCGGAUAAUACGGCGAGUUGCAAUAAUUAAUAAACCGAUGAAACCCGUUUGCGUGCAAUAAGAAUGCAUUAUAAUAUAUAUUCAGCAUAGUUUAAAAUCUUUACUAAAGAUGAUGAAAAGAUCAAGUACCUGCAAAUGGAUAUAGUCAUCUAAUAAAAUUGUUUGCUUGACAUUUAUAUUCGAUAUGAGAAAAUAUUUGAUAUGAAAAUAUCUAGAAUCUACUAAGAAUUACAAAAAAUAAGUUAAUGCAUAAAGAUUCUCCCAUGUGUUGAUCACAUAUACUCAAUACGCAAUUAUCUGCUGUAAAUAAUGAUAGUAAAAUAAUGUAUAAUAAUUGAGAAUUUGGGAUCUAUGUGGUUUGUCAAGACAUACUAUUUAUAUUUUUCUUUUUUUAAAGUGCGCCUACAAUAAGAAAUGUACAUGAUAAGAUAUAUGUAUAUAAAAUACUUUUUUAUUUUUUCGGUAUUAUAUAAAAUUAAUGUUCAAAAAUUUAAUUUCUUUUUGUCUACAAUGUAGAAAAAAAUAAGUAUAUAUUAUAGUUUUAUAAUAUAUUUAAAUGCAUUAUAUCAUUUUAUUAAAAUAGAGAUAUCUUGUCAACUUUGGAUAUUUCACACAAAUGUAAAAUUUAAGAAUUAGAGAGUCUCAAUUAUAUAUAAAUAAUAAUUAUUAAUAGUAUUAUACACAAUAUUAUACUCUAUAUAUGAUAAAAUAUUUUUUACUAAU